AUGUUAGUCUUAUUAUACAUCGUUUCUGUCAUUUCAAUUGAAGAGAAAUCGAUAUGUAUGAACGACUUUCUUGCGUUCAAUUAUGAAGAUGACCAAACACCAGUUGUUGAUCAGUUUGACUGUUAUUCUGACUUACCCGAUCCAAUAAAAGUCAAAGGCAUAAAUAAUCAAGCUUUAUGUUAUGUCAGUAAAAAGUUCAUGUAUAUGACAAAAGACAACAACACUGUCAAUCGGUGUGGAGAGUAUUUACAAAUAGUCGGAUCAUAUCAAAAACAGGUAUUUUGUAUGAUCGCAGGUUUUAUGGAUGUCUAUAAAGAAAAAGUGACUGAAGUGUUGGAAGGGAAAUACAUUUCUGUUAACAACAGAAUAUACAACCAACUCUCUCCAAAAACCAAAGAACAACAUAAUUACGCGUGUCAAUUUACGUUUAAACAUGUGUACUUUGAUUUGGGUAUGAACCCCUCUCUGGAAGUUGUUAAAAGAAAACAAAAUUCCACUUUAAUCCAAAUUAUCAAUAGUAAUCAAAUCAUUUUCCGAAUCAGAAUCUAUUCGGAUACAAUAGACGAAUUCUUUUUACCAUUGGAUGAUGGAAAAUUCGAAAUUCCAAAUUAUGAAGGCAAUUACACUAUAAGAGUCAAUUCUUUCUAUAAUAACAGACUUGAGAUUGCAGAUAUCAAUUUAGACCAAGAUGAUUCAUUUGAAUUUGACUCAAGAUUUCCCUCUGACAAAGGCGGAAACUGCUAUUAUGUCGUCAAUAAUGACAUAUACUCCCCUGAAGAGAAAAAUGAGUCUGUUUUUUUCUUAAAAUGGCACGUUCUUCAACCGGAUUAUGCCAUCAACCUUGUUAAUAAAGAAAAGACUCCAGGUGGAAUAAUAUUUGAGCCAACUGACGAGGUGAAUGGCAAAGGAUUUAUUUCCAUUGGAUAUGUCUAUAUCACUGAAAUGAUGCUUGACCAAGACUUUACUCAUGUUCAAUUUGAAUUGGAAAUGGAAGACACGACAGAUUUUGAACUGAUUCUUGCUGACCUGGUGUACAAAACAGACUUUGUAGAAUUCACAAACACCUCUUUUGAAUUUGUUGAUAAAGACUUGAAAACUAAAUACUACAUAACAGACAAAAAGGUGUCUAUUAACGCUUAUUACAAACCAUAUAGAAAAGAAUUUUCAAAUGGAGGUUCAAUUAAGUUUUUAGUCACUAAAGGAUCGUACGUGAGAUUACAAAAUAUUACUUUGUUUAGAUCGGAUCUUGCUAACAAUCAGUAUAUAUGUGAUUCAAAUUCUUUUGAUUGUUUUGGAACCGAGUGCCAAAUCACAAACGAAUCAUAUCCACAAGGUACUAACAUUUGGCGCGAAAACUGUCGACCAGAAUGUGGAUUUUGUAGAGAAGGGUUUGUGUGCACAACAGCUGGAAAGUGUAUCAUAGAACCAAAUGAUAAUUUGAGGAGUGGUAUAUCGAAGGUAAUUACUUUAUUAUGUUUAGUAAUAAUUUUUGCCGUGUAA